AUGCGGGUGGGCAGUUCCAGUUCGUUAUGUUCUACAACUUCUUCUGAGAACGAUCUCCGAACAUCUAUUGGACAAAAUGAAGAUUCUGUCAAGAAGUUACGGAACUAUGGAAAAUUCUUUAUGACUAGACUAGUACAGCUUGUCGUGCAAUCUCGAACAAAUGAAAGAUACGAUUUGACCUGCAGCGCCACUAUUACCGAUAAUUGGUUCAACAUCCGCUUUCAAGAACUAGGAGAAGUGGCGGCUCAGUUGAAACGCUCCCUUGUCAACUAUCCACCCGACAUCACUUCCGUCACACUUGAUUUCUUCCUCUUCACAAAAGAAGCCGAAACAUUACCCCUGGAAUCUUGGACAUUCUCCUUUGAUGAUGAGAAAAAGGCAUUUGAAGAAAAUCUACUCUUCUAUCAUGAUCUUUCAACCCUUCUCAGAUCCUGCGCCUUGGCUUCGAGAAUGACUCCCACAAGUCGCUACUAUGUUAAAAAGCAGGGCCCUGAUACCUUUGUCAUUUUAUACAGGAUCGUGGAGGGACCGUCGACGCUGGAAUUAGGAAAAGAGUUGAAGUGCCAUCGAGUUGGGACAGUGACGACAGUGCACGGCUCAUUCAACGUUGAUUUGAAAUAUCGAACGCGAAUGGAAUUAGAGCAGCGCAUUUCUCACGAUUCACCGGAUUCAGAAUCUUAUCACCAAGUAAACGCUUCAUCCUCACGUCCAGUCUUCGGAUCUUCUCCAGAUACCCCAUCAUCGUUCUGCGAAGUUAUUUCCCAUUUAAGUAGCAGUCCAGCUAGCGUGGCGGCAUCCCCGCACCACCUUCUAGCCACCUCACCCCCAAUGCAUGGCACACCACUUCUCCAGUUUGUCACCGCUAGAGCAAGAAGUCGAACCCAAUCAACACAAUCCGGAAACUCGAUCAACGCCGAAUCACCCCCAUCAGAGGCUGGAAGCUCCGAAAAAGAAGCCCCCGUCAGAAAACGAGAACCUUCGGGCGGAAUGACAAUCGCAAAGGACAUGCCGUUCGCAGGACUACUCAAUAUGUCGUUCACUGGCGCUCUUUUCCCCCUAAAAACAUUAACCGAGGAAGGGACUAAAGAAAAGGAAGCCGAAGAAGCUGCUGAAAAAGAAGCCCAAAAUGCACAAGCCGACGCAACUGAAGAAGCGCUGAAUGUUAGCCUAGCUAAUACGAUAGUCUCUGACCAAGCCAAUCGACAAGCAUCGGCCGCUGCUUCUAUCGUCACAUCUACGAUAAAAGACAGCCAAGUCUUCGAUGAGGAAAAGGCCGAUGAUGACUUGGAAACGUCAAAGGAUGACGAUCCAGAGGAUAAUAAGGAUGAUGAUGACAGCUUUGUGAAAAUACUACCAUUCGGCGCCGGUGCUUCGCCAUCAUCUUGCCCGAAUGCCGAGCUCGGUGAACUAAUUUCUGCUUGCCGGACAGCGCCUCCGAUCGAAGAAUUUGAACACUACAAAGAAUCUAUCGAAAGGAUAAAGCUAGAGUUGGAAGAAUUCGAGCAGUCCCAGGGAGUCUUCGACGAAUUUGUAAGCAGGAUGAAGGAAGAGACCUUUGACUUU